AUGGCUUUUAGUGAACAUUUACCAAAUUAUCUUACCGUUAAAGCUGUUCUUCCGAACCAUCCUAUAUACUUCCAGUUAAAGGAUAGGAAUCAGUCUGUCGGUAAAAAUCCUACUGUCAGUUUCCCAAACCUGAUAGAGAAAUAUGUCCCUGAAUUUAAAAAUGGUUCUAGCAGCAUGCUGCAUCCUUAUUUGAUCAAUGGUCAUUUCCAAACGGCCUAUGCUUCUUUGAAGAAAUUCCAAGACAUUGAUCAAGUCAAAUACAAAAGAUUGGUCUUAAACUAUUCAGAUGGUGGUGAAGGUACUGUGGAUUUUGUAGUCAACGAGGAAAAAGGAUCAACUGAAAAAGCUAUAAAGCCUUAUAGUCCAAAAUUCCAGAAAUUUUUACCUUCAAAGAGCUUUUAUUCUUUCUUUAGUCCAAAUGAUCCUAGAUUGAAAUCAGAUGAUACUAAACCUUUAGUGAUUGUAUUGCACGGUUUAGCUGGUGGGUCCUCUGAAAGUUACGUCAGGUCUUUGGUCCAUAAUAUCACUGAAAACUAUGGUUUUGAAGCUUGUGUCUUGAACGCAAGAGGUUGCUGUCAUUCCACUAUCACAACCCCCCAAUUGUACAACUGUGGCUGGACCAAUGACAUUAGACACUGUGUCAACACUUUGAAAUCAAUGUACCCAAACAGAAAGUUUUAUAUGGUGGGGUUCUCCUUGGGGGCCUCUGUUCUAACCAAUUAUUUGGGUGAAGAAGGUGAAAAUUCUCAAAUAUCUUGUGCUAUUGCAGUGAGUCUACCUUGGAACCUAACCAACGCUUCCCAUUACAUCAAUAGCACAACCAUUGGGAAAAGAGUCUAUUCCCAAGCGUUGUGCAAGAGCUUGGUCAGAUUAACCCACAGGCACAUCGAGGAAUUAAGGAAAAGCCCAACUUUUGAAUCAGUCUAUUCAACUCGUUUCGAAAGCAUCAAGUUCCUAGAUGAGUUCGACAAUUUCUUCACCGGUCCUAUGUUUGGUUAUAAAGAUGGAGUUCACUAUUACGAAGAUGCUUCUGCUUACCAGAGGCUCCCUUUCAUAAGGACCCCAUUCAUUGCCAUUAAUGCAAGAGAUGACCCAAUCACUGGCCCUGUGUUCCCAGAGAAAGAGUUUCAACAGAACCCAUAUACUGUACUAAUCGAAACUGAUAUUGGAGGUCAUGUCGCUUGGUUCAACGGUGAGAAAGGUAAGAGAUGGUAUCUUGAACCAAUCUGUAGAUUCUUAAGCACAUACCAUAAAGAAAUUUCAUCAAAGGGUUACGAACCAGUCGCACCUCCUAAUACCUCCCCAUCAAAAGGUCAGUCUUACGUCAUGACUACUUAUAGAAAACAAAUAGCAUCCAUUAACGAUAAGGUUUAA